AUGGCUUCUUCGUCAUUCAGAUCCUCAAAGUGGGACCCUGUUCUCAUCAUAGCUCAGAUUGCAGCACUACAGUCGCUUUGUUACGUCGUAUACAGCGUCAUCCUCCUUAUCGCACUCACACUCAAUGGUUCAAGCGCAUCGCUAGACCUUAUUUUCAACUACAAGGAAAUCCGAACCGACACUGGCUUUGGAUGGUCUUUGAUCAUUGUAUGGCUUGUCAACGCGUGUCUCAGUAUACCCAUUCUCAUGGUUAUUGUCCAACGAGCAAGACAGAUUCUGGAUUAUGUGCUCACCUUUCAUUUCUUUCAUCUGCUAUUUGUAUGGUAUGUAUCGCAACACUUUCCUUCGAGCAUAUCGUGGUGGUUGCUACAGUUAGUGAAUGUAGUCAUCAUGACAUUUGGUGGUGAAUGGGCCUGCAUGCAUCGAGAAAUGAAACCCAUCAUGAUAUCCAGCGGUAAUAAGAAAUCCACUACAAAUUCAAACCAAUCCAAGCAACCACAGCAACAGCAGCAACAACAACAGGCAGAAGAGGAGGAAGAGGGAUUAAUCAGUCAGCAAAGAGGCUCCUCUAGCAAAUUAAAGAGAAAAUCAUCGGACGCAGAACCCAAGGAGGACCUAGAUAUGACAGAUGAAGGUGCUUUACUAGCGGCUGUCGGUAAAGCUAAGAAGGCUCUCUUGCUCAGUGCGGGUCGAUCCAAACGAAAUGGAAAGCAAAAAUACGAUCAAAUACCCAUGAAGGACAUGGAUAACGAAGACAACAAUAGCACUAGUAGUAACAGUCGUCCAUAG